GGACUCGAGUCGGCCUGCCACGUCUCUUGUUGGGCUCAAUUUCUGUCUGGCUCAAUUUCAGAGUCAGUCUGUGACCAGCGUUUGAGGCGUUUUAGCGCUUUGACGGUUCGGAGGGCUCAGCUCUUUUCUUUUUUAUUCUCGCGCCGUUGUUGCGGUUGGACUUUGUUAUUUUGUUGUUGCUACUCCAUUCGUUUCUCCGCCGCUCGCUGCCUUUCAAUACACACACACCGUUUUUCGCAGCACGAAAAAUAGUGAAAUACGAAAUACUCCUAGUCCCUUAAAAAACAAAAAUAUGUAACUGUCAGCCAGUUGUCAGUCUCCCGUUGCCACUUGCCAGUUUAUUUAGGCUUUGACAACGACAAAUUUUACAAGUAUCAAGAAUAAAAACAACAACAAAAAACAGAUAAACGAAUAACAAAAGUAAAUUCAAUCAAAAUUUAACAUUGUGGUCGCCGUGCAAUUGCUGGCGUUGACUUUGGCGUUGACGCUAGCUUCGCCUGCUUCGCCUGCUGCGUCCUCGUCCUCGUCCUCGCACGGUGUGUGUGAUAUAACAGCAGCCGUGAAGGAGUCACUGACACGACCGAUUUGACUCCAUCUCUGGUGGAGUUAUUUUUACGAAACGUCCGCACUUCGUCGUGCUGUUCAACUCUCCUCGCGCCAAAUGCAGCGCCAUUGACUACGACCCAAAAGGGGAUACGACGUAGUAGUAGAAGAAGCAGCAGCAGCAGCAACAAAAAAUACACAAGAGUCAACAAUUUUGGGUCAGCAUUUUUCCUCGAAAACUGAAGCAAGGUGGACCCGAUAUUUAAAUGAAGAAACAUGGGAAAUGGCAUGAACAAGGUCUUGCCGGGACUGUAUGUGGGCAACUACCGCGACUCCAAGGAUCACCAGCAGCUGGAGAAGUUCAAAAUAUCGCACAUCAUUGCCAUACAUGACAGUCCAAGGCGUCUUCUUCCGGACAAGCACUAUCUAUGUGUGAUGGCCUCGGAUACACCCGAUCAAAACUUAUCGCAAUACUUUUCCGUUUGCAAUGACUUUAUCCACGCAGCGCGACUUCGCGAGGGCAACGUGCUGAUCCACUGUCUGGCGGGGAUGUCGCGGUCGGUGACCGUCGCUGUGGCUUAUAUUAUGACGGCUACGCAUCUGAACUCGAAGGAGGCCUUGAAGGUGGUGCGCGCUGGUCGCGCAGUGGCCAAUCCCAAUACAGGAUUUCAGACUCAGCUGCUGGAGUUCGAGCAAUACAAGUUAUCCGAGGAGCGGCGUCGACUGAGGGAGCGCUUUCCAUCGUCGGCACUGGAACAGCUGGACCGGAUCAAGUGCGGCCUGGCGCUGGACAACUACCAGGAGCUGUUACAGAACCGUGACAUCUGCGAGGGGAAUUGCUCCCGCGGGGAAAAGUGUCCCACAGGCGUCUGCAACAUGGACCCCACCAAAGGUCUAUUCCGACGUCGUCCUUCGAGCGCGUCCAGCACACACUCGCGACUGCGUGCCCAGUCCACCAAUGCCAACCCUAGCUCAUCCCCGAGCAUGCUGAGUGUGGCCAGUGCCGCCGGAGUCAGUGUCGCCGGUGGUGCCGCCCAGUCUUGUCCCACGUCACCCAAGCAUUCGCCGCGUCCACGCCGUUCGGUGGGGAACGAACGAAUUCCCGAAGACGAGGUUGCUUGCCAGCAGCCAUUUUCGAGUCCAAAUCCGUCUACCUCCAGCGAGGCGGCUGAGUACGCGGCAGCCAUUGAGGAUGCACGAAGGGAACAGCAGCAGCGACACCAGCAGCUUCAACUCCAACGCUCUCCCUCGCGCCAAAGCCUCAAGGCAGCUGGCAGAGGCAGCUCCGCUGGCGGAUCGGGGCGAGUGAGCAGUGCCGGAGCUCGCAAUGAACCGGCGGCCGUGGAGGGGCGUAAUGGAGGGAGCGCACAGCUGCAGCGCAGCGCCAGCACUGUCAGCGGCUUUGGCGUACGUCCCCGCAGCAGCCCCGCGGGAUUGCAUGCCUAUACGGGUUCGGUGCCCUCCUCUGCCCACGGAUCGCGCGUUGAUCUGCGCGAGAUUGACAAGGGAUCGGCCAUAUAUUUGGGAUGCAAUGCGCCUCGUGCCUCCACAUUAUCGAUCGCCUCGUCGCGUGGUUCAUCUGGCGGCUCAGCACCACCGUCACCUUGCCACACGCCUCCUUCCAGCCCACGGCACGGUAUCAGAAGAUCGACCAGUCUAGCCAAAAAGCCCAGAUGAAGCCCAAGGCUGAUCACAUCCACUCCAUCCACUGGAGUGAACCUGUCCUUUAUGUGCACCCAUUUGAAACACGCGCUCGCGACCUGCACCUCUUGAAGCACUUUGUCCUUUCACUUGUCCUUGUAAUCGUAUAGAGUUGUGGCAAUCUUAAAUUUCUUGUGACACACCAAAGGGGUAGACUUACCCAAUAUGUGUUUGUCGCGAGUCCAAAGAUUGCAACAACCUUACAUAGUUCUUUAGUCUUUAUACAACUUUUGCUGAUAACGUGGCAAUCAUACAAGGUACUCGUACUCAUAGUGAAAGGGGUUUCCAUAUGUCCGAGAGCUCAAGGCUUCAGGAGUGUCGUCGGGGACCAUAAAUGAGGGUGUUCUUUUCCCAUUUGUUAACCUGUCCUGGAUCACAUAGUCAAUGUGUCGGAGAAUAGACAGUAUAUUCAGAUUUCGAUCAGAGUAGGCUUGAUUACCGAACAUUUGUAGUUCGUUGGGCUACUUCACUCCUAAUAAACAUUGAUUAAGAAUCAACUACUGUCAAGGAAUCAUUAGCUACUCUCUUAACCUACCUAUGCGAAACGAAAUAAUAAGAUCGCGGGCUUUAAUGCUGCUUAAUUAAUUGUUGAGCAAUUUUUGUAGAUCAAAUGCAAAAAUGAACUAAUCAAAGAGCAAAACAAAACCAAAAAAAUAUAAACAUAAAUUGUUGAAACACUAUUUUUUCAGAGACGCAUUUAACAAUAACCCACAUAUGUAUGUGUAUAUUUAUAUAUUUACAUAUGUACGAGUAUAAAGCGUAUUUACGAAUAUUUAUAAACACAUUUGUUAAUCGUUAAGUGGAAGUUCAACUCCAUUUGUUAGUUUUGUACCGAAACAAGCCGCCGCCUGCAAAUGCUUUGGCAGUCACACAAUAAUCGAGAAAUAUAUUAUAGUUGUAAACAA